UCCUGUAGAGUUGCCAUGAGUCGGAAUCAACUGGAUGGCAAAAGGUCAAUGGGUUGCUUUCUGCAAUUUCUUUCACUGACAGAAACUUUAAACAGAGCCUCGAUCUUUACAAGUUUACACCUGAAAAUGAUGCGUCUGUCCCAGAUUCUUGCCCCCUACCCCCGACACUGGCAGUCUUGAGGGAUGCUUCUAGCAAGAUUGGACUAUACAAAAUUGAUACACUUACUUAUUAAGUCUAUAGGAAUUCUGGGAGGAAACACCCCAGAAAUAAGAAAGAGGGGUGUUUGGGUUUGUUUCUUCCAGCAAUCUUAUUUUAGUUUCUACUUUGAGAUUUUUCUCUAAAACGUAUCUAAUAUGUGUUUAUUUCUUUAAAGUAAAAUUAACAGUCUUUCCCCCAAGAUGGGUGUCAAUUCACAGGAAAUUGAUCCAUAGGCUCUGAUUUAUGGGAAAGGGUGGGGGCACCUGGGUGGGCAAGAGAGCCCAAGCUUUGGAAGCCUAUCAUCCAUUGUGAUUUCCAGUGCUCUGAAUGUUAAAAAGUAGAACUAUGUGGACUUUACAGUGCCUUCCAUUGCUGAGAUUUUAUGAUUCACCCUUUAUGGCAGACACAAAUCAACUGAAAAAACCUUCAGCUCCACAUACACAACCUAAAAAAAUUGGAGAGGGCCAGUACGCAUGCUCCAUACUGAAGCCAGCCCGUCCCUAAACCUUGUGCUAAUGCGCCUGCGUUCGGGGAGAGGCCUCGUCUUGUCUGUGAGCGGGAAGCAACCGGGAGAACGCGGAUGGAAGCCCAACCGGGUUGAGGCGGCUGACUGCCUUUCCGUGUGUGGCUCGCUCCGCGCAGAUUCCUACUUGGGGUUCGGACUUGAAGAACUGCGACCUGCACUGGUUAUGGUGCACCAGGGGCUGCGCCCUAGGCUGAGCAGAGAGCUGAACUGGAGCCUGAAACGGGCCUCCUUGCCUCGAUUCCCGCGCCUCAGGCUCCGAGACGGGCGGGUGGCGACUGAGCGGAGCUCUUCUUGCCUCGCCGCUGGCGCUCUUAGCUAGCCCGGGCCAGCUCGAAAAUGUUCGGCGUCCUUAAUAAUAUUAACACCUGCAGCUCCUACCAGUUAAGAGCUGCGUGUUCUUUACAUGCAUUCUCAUACUUAAACCCCACAACAACCCUAUAAGGAUAUUGUGGUUGCUAAAUACCAUAAAGGAACACGUGAAAAUUGUGAGGUUGUAAAGCACAAGAAAGCCUCCUGUGCGACAUAUUCUGUGGGACAGAACUUGGAAACUUUGGAGAUCACUUAUUUAUCUUGGAGAUAGACUGUUUUCUAAGGUAUAUUUAAGCCUACCUAUGGAUUAUACCUUUGCUCAUUGCUGAAGAGGAAGAAAAAGAGAAAAGCAAAAUUCUGCAGCAUCUCUGGAGUACCACCUGAGAAUUUUUGUAUGCCAUGUCAAAGAAACGCAAAUGGGAUGAUGAUUAUGUUCGUUACUGGUUCACCUGUACGACAGAGGUUGAUGGAACUCAACGCCCGCAGUGUGUUUUGUGUAACUCAGUAUUUUCAAAUGCUGAUCUCAGACCAUCAAAACUGUCUGACCAUUUUAAUAGACAGCAUGGUGGUAUAGCUGGGCAUGAUCUCAAUAGCCUAAAACAUAUGCCAGCACCAUCUGAUCAGAGUGAAACCUUGAAAGUACUUGGAGUUGCAUCUCAAGAGGAUGCCUUAUUACAAGCCUCAUAUCAGUUUGCAUAUUUAUGUGCCAAGGAAAAGAAUCCUCAUACAAUAGCUGAAAAAUUAGUGAAACCUUGUGCAUUGGAAAUAGCACAAAUAGUUUUGGGACCAGAUGCACAAAAGAAGCUUCAGCAGGUUCCCUUAUCAGAUGAUGUGAUCCAUUCUAGAAUUGAUGAAAUGAGCCAGGAUAUCUUACAACAAGUUCUAGACGAUAUCAGAGCCAGUCCUCUUAAAGUGGGUAUCCAGCUUGCUGAGACAGCUGACAUGGAUGACUGCAGUCAGCUAAUGGCAUUUGUGCGAUAUAUAAAAGAAAAAGAGAUCAUAGAAGAAUUCCUGUUCUGUGAACCAUUGCGUUUAACCAUGAAAGGAACAGAUGUGUUCAAUCUCUUCAGAGACUUCUUUUUGAAACAUAAGAUAGCACUUGAUGUAUGUGGCUCCAUUUGUACUGAUGGUGCUUCUUCUAUGCUAGGAGAAAAUUCAGAAUUUGUUACCUAUGUGAAGAAAGAGGUACCUCAUAUCAUGAUUACACAUUGUAUGUUGAACCCUCAUGCACUUGUCACAAAGACAUUGCCAUCAAAAUUGACAGAUGCUCUGUUUACUGUGGUGAGGGUAAUAAAUUUCAUCAAAGGACGAGCUCCAAAUCAUCGCAUCUUUCAGGCUUUUUUUGAAGAAAUUGGUAUAGAGUACAGCAUCUUCCUUUUCCAUACUGAAAUGAGGUGGCUUUCCCGAGGCCAAAUACUUACUCACAUUUUUGAAAUGUAUGAAGAAAUAAAUCAGUUUCUUCACCACCAAAGCAGUAAUUUAGUUGAUAGCUUUGAAAAUAAAGAGUUUAAAAUUCAUUUAGCAUACCUUGCAGAUUUAUUCAAACACCUAAAUGAACUUAGCGCAUCUAUGCAAAGGACUGGGAUGAACACAGUAUCAGCUAGAGAGAAGUUAUCUGCUUUUGUUAGGAAGUUUCCGUUUUGGCUAAAGCGAAUUGAGAAGAGAAAUUUUACCAACUUUCCUUUUCUUGAAGAAAUAGUUGUUUCAGAUAAUGAAGGAGCACGCAUUGCAGCCGAAAUAACACUGCAUCUGCAACAGCUGAGCAACUUCUUUCAUGGAUAUUUUUCCGUUGGAGAUCUUGAUGAGGCAAGUAAAUGGAUACUGGAUCCAUUCCUUUUUAAUCUGGAUUUUAUCGAUGAUAGUUAUUUAAUGAAAAAUGAUCUUGCUGAAUUACGAGCUAGUGGCCAAAUCCUAAUGGAAUUUGAGACAAUGAAGCUUGAAGAUUUCUGGUGUGCUCAAUUCACAGUAUUUCCAAAUCUGGCAAAGACAGCUCUAGAAAUCCUUGUGCCGUUUGCAACUACAUACCUUUGUGAGUUGGGAUUUUCAUCACUUUUACAUUUUAAAACAAAAUCUAGAAGCUGCUCUAAUAUGAGUGAUGACAUUCGUGUGGCUAUUUCAAAAAAGGUUCCUCGUUUUUCAGACAUCAUUGAACAAAAGCUACAGCAGAAGUCACUGUAAGCUGAUACACUUUUAAUGUAUUCUUAAUGUCAUUGUAAAAUUAAGUUGUAAUUAUCAUUCGUGUUUAUGAUAUAUCAAAUCCUAAGUUUGAAAAAGUAAGCAGCUUCACCUUUUAAUGAGGAAUGUGAAAAUAUUUGGAAUAAGCAGCAGAAAAGA